AUGGAUUCUAGCUACCUACAUCCCUCGGGGUCCACUUCGGCCGGUGCUUCAACGUCAACGACAACGCCCACGCCCACUGCUGGCACCUCCACCGCCACCACCAUUGUUGCUAACAACCCAGCUGGUGGAGCCACCGGGGCGGGCGUUAAACGCGCGCACCCUUCCUCCAAUGCCAUCUCGAAUAAAUCUAGGUCCGCGGCGAAUUACCCGAGGAAGAGAGCUGUGAGCGCGUGUCUGGUCUGUCGGGGGAGGAAGACGAAAUGCGACAACCAGCGGCCGCAAUGCGGAUUUUGUAAGCAGACGGGGGCGGAAUGUGUCUACGAGGCGGAAAAGUUGGCUACGUGUGUUUUGUUCUUACUUUUUUUUUUCUUUUCUCUCUGUCUCUUGUUUACUUCUGAAAGAUUUAACUCACCUCUUUGGUUUGGGCGAGGAAAGCGGGCUGAUGAUGGGUGAUGAUGGGACGGUAGGUUUGACGCCGCCUCAUUGGCCAUUCUGGACAAGCUCUCCAGGAUAGAAGCAAUGUUGGACUCGGACCGGGGCUCGAGUAAUCAGCAGCACACGCCCACCAGUCACCCCUCCCCGCACACCUCGGUUUCUACAACUAGCGGUGGCGCCGUGCCGAUACCAGCCAUACCAACGCUCGCCGCGCACGGCAGCUCCCCGAGGAACUUGGGGAACAAGCCGCCGCCGGACGCCUCUGAGAUAUUCCCCGUCUCCAUUGCUACAGCCUCGGGUGCCCGCGUCGAGGCCGUUCUCCAAUGGCCAAUAUUCAAGGGACAAUUUUGCGUGGAGGAGAUCCUCGCGCCGGUAUUUGCGGAUUGCCAGGAGGACGAUGACGAUGAGGACGAGCGCGAGGGCUGGCAGGAGAGGAAGGGUGUGGGAAAGAGCGAACCCGAGGAUGGGUACCAGGCACAUGGUGGAAACCGCAGGGGAACUGGGUUGUACGAUUCCGAUGAAAAAUUGUUGGGACAGCCACCGGGAGAGAUCGCGACGCUUGUGCAGAGAUUUUUCAGGAAUGUGCACACCAAGAACCCGAUUCUGGAUUCGGCCGUGCUGGAUAGUUAUGUUUAUGAGAUCGAGAAGCAUAGGUUUGGGUGGUCGGGGCAGAGUUGUUUAGUCGUGAGUAUCUUCACUCUCAACAUUACGAUGGGGCGAGAGAAAAUGACACCGACUCAUGGGGGAGAGGGCAGUUGCUCGUGUGUGCUUUAGGCUCAAUCUCGGCGCCGUACAAUCCUCACCCGUCGUCGCUGUCGGUGACGGAACCCCUGACGCAGUACCCUUCGUUCGAAAUCAGCGCGCGGUAUUUUUCAGCGGCAAAAAAGAGGUUAGGGAUCGUCAUGUCAUCUAAUAAGCUCAUCGCCGUGCAGUGCCUCUUCCUGGCGGGUAUAUACCACAUGUACACCAUGAACCAGUUUGCCGCGUGGAAGAUGUUCAAUGCAGCGUCGGUGUCGUGCGAGGGGUACCUGCAUCGGAAGGAGAAGUCCAAAACGUCGGAUACCGCUGCUGGCGGGAUGUUUUCUUCCUGCUCGAACGAGCCUACUCGACACCUUGAGCAGCGGAUAUACUGGAGCUGUCUGAAGUCCGAGCUGUACGCAUUCUACCGCUUGGCACAACCCUGAACGUGCUAACUAGACCGCACAGAGAACUCUGCGCCCAACUAGACACCUCCCACUCGGGCCUCAACGAACUCGACUACCCCCACGCCUUCCCAUCCCCGCCCCGCGAAAUUUCCACCUCAGUAGCCUUCCAAUCCUCAACCUCCUUCUUCGAGCAACCCCGCAGCGCACAAACCCUUUCCCAUACCGGCGUAACUACCGCCCCUCCCCUCCCGGAGGACCGUCGGGAAGACGAGCUAACCUGGUUCUACUACCUCGCCGAAAUCGCCCUCCGUAAGGUGGAGCUCCGCAUGUCGGAAAUCUUCUCCCUCUCGCCGCCCGCGCAUUCCUCGUGCUCGAGCACCUCCGCCACACCCGCCGGCCUCGAAGACCCCCGCCGCCCCAUCAAAACCGAAGACCUCCUCUCGAGCGCAAACGAGUACGAACUCCAGCUCAACCUCUGGUACUCCUGCCUUCCCCUCGUGCUAAAGUUCCCGCUGGACUCGCGCGAUCCUUGUCAUGACGAGCGGCUGCAGUAUCUCCGUCAGCGCUACUGGUGGAUUGUUUCCAUGCUUUACAGACCCUUCCUCUACCACCUCAUACACCACCCCGCCCCGCCGCAAGCGCUGGCAAAGAGAAUGAUGGAGUAUGCGAGAAAGGGAUUGGAAAUCGAUGCCAACUUUAUCCUGAGCAAUGUGAUUACCCAUCGGCACCAUGGCGCUUGGCUGACAAUUCGCGCGGUCACGGGGAAUAGCCUGGUUCUGGGGGCGGCGAAGAUGGCUGGUAUGAGGAUGCCGGAACUGUGGAGGGACGCGAUCACAGCUGCAAGGAAUUGUCUAGUGUAUUGGGAGAGUGAGGUUAGGGAUGCGGGGGCACUGAGAAAGGUUGUGGAGGCGGUGGAAAGGGAGAUUUGA